GUACUCAUUCCAACGUUCCGUUGUUGCAAUGGAGAGCCCGGGACUUACAGCUGGUCCUCCGUUAGAAAAGUGAGCGUCGUUCCGUACCUUACCGGUUACCGAGAGAUACUUUAACGGCGAAAGAGAUCGGAAUGGAAACAGUCGAGCAGCUCGUGACGUUCAACCACAUCCAGAUUCAGCUGAACGGUGGCGCCCCGUGGGGGUUCACGCUGAAAGGGGGUCUCGAACACGGAGAGCCGCUAAUCAUUACCAAAAUAGAGGAGGGGGGCAGGGCGUCCCAGUGUGACAAUUUGAGGGUUGGAGACGAGCUGGUCAACAUAAACGGCUCCGCCCUCUACGGCAGCAGACAGGAAGCGCUCAUCCUCAUCAAGGGCUCCUACAGGAUCCUGAAGAUCACCGUACGCAGGCGAACGGUCCCAGUAAUCAGGCCUUCCUCCUGGCACCUGGCAAAGAUCUCUGACCCCCCGCUCCCUCCACCCUGCCUCCCUCCUCCCCCCCUCCCUUCCCCUGAGAUCCCCCCUCCCCCACCUCCUCCCUCUGCCAUGCAGCUCCACCCUGGACCCUGCCCCCCACCCUGGCACUCUGCAGAUAACAGCGACCUGUCCGCGCAGUGGGGUCAUCUCUCCAGACACUACCCCACAGACCGCAGCAGUUCCCUGGGCAGCAUGGAGAGCCUGGACCCUCCCGGCCAGACAAACUACGAUACCCAGAAUGCACCCAGUCAGACUGCGGACUACGACCCCCAUCUGUCUCCCGUCGACCCCGCCAUCUUCAACAAUAAACGAGACUCCGCCUACAGCUCUUUCUCCGCCAGUUCCAACGCAUCAGACUAUACCCUUCCUCUCCGGCCUGGAGAGGCCUGCUCCAUGGACAAUCUUCUUCAGGGCCUGGGACCCGCCUGCCGGGGAUACCCCAGCGGGGAUGCACAUUCCCUGGGGAGCAUGGCAGGCGAGAGCCAGGAUGAGUCGUGCCUAAAGUCGAGGUCGCUGACCAGGCCCAAAGUGAGGUUACCUGAAGCGAGGGCGAGGCCGUCCUCAUACUGCUACGAGGAGGAGAGGAGGGAAGGAGGAGGUGGAGGAGAAGAAGGAGGAGGUGGAGGAGAAGGAGGAGGAGGUGGAGGAGAAGGAGGAGGAAGAAAAGGAGGAGGAAGGGCAGCACCUCCCCAGCCCCCAACCAGGAAGGACAGUUUCAGGGCCGUCCGGGGUCGUCCGGGGGUCACAGACAACCGCUGCUCCUCCGCUCUUGUCGGCAUCUCCAGCCCCUCCUGUUGCUCGGGCAACGACCACCUCUCCGGCGUGGCUCUGGGACAGAUCGUCAACGGCUACGGGAGCGAGUCUCCCGCGAUCAGAGACAGGAAGGGAGAAUCCUCCUACUGCCCUCUCACCCCCCAGGGAGGCGAGGACCAGGAGAACCACGGACCCUCAGAUCCCAGUCUCCGUGCCCCAAUGAGGGCCUCGCCUUCCCCCUGCCCCAUCCCUACACGUCCAGACCCCUCCAUGGACCCCCGGGGGGAGACUGAGCACCUCCACCCCCAGGACAAGCACUCUUCCUCGGGUCUGCAUCGCCACAGUGCCCCUGAGAAGCUCCUGGAGGUUUCCAGCGACCGCUCGGACCCCUCGGACCGUUCCGUGUCCCCCCCCUGCAGACAGUGGUCCCACUCCCCGCUUCAACCCCUCAGGGUGGGGCUAGCAGAGGACCAGUGGGCUCCGGGGACCCCCCACCUCCAGACCCAGGACAAGUGGGGAGGCAGCCGAUGCUCCACCCCAGGAUCGGUGCUCACAGAUGGGGAUGGGGAGGUCGUGGAGGGAGGUCAGAGGCUGGAGGGUCUGGACAGGGUGGCUGGUAGUUCGCCCUCAUCCAUCCAGCAGCACCACACCUGGGGGCGUUCGAUUAGUGUACCGGGGCAGCCCUCCGAGCCUUUCACCCAGGGUGGAGUCAACUCUGAUCGGUUACUGGAGAGGGACUUUGGGCCUAUUAGCGCUGCUGCUAGCAUGGAUACUCUUCUGGUGGAACAGAGGGGGGGGUUAGGUGGAGGGAAAGGAGGCAGAGGAGGAGCAGAGGGCAAUGAAGGAGAGAUGGUGAAGAGGUCAAGCUCCUCCCGGAAUCACCGGAGAUCACGCCGUCGGAGCGAGCGGUUCGCCACCAACCUCCGCAACGAGAUCCAACGCAAGAAGGCCCAGCUGCAGAAGAGCAGAGGCCCAGGCGGGCUCCUGUGCGGCGGGGACACCGUCCACGAGGAGGAGGGUCUGGACCUCCAGGGGGAGGUGGAAGAGAGGGGAACUCCAGACUAUCAUGCCCAGGAGCGAGGCUCCAAAAUCGGGCACACUUCAGCCCUCCCCUCUGCCCUAGAAGCCCCAGCCCCUGGAAGUCUAAGGAGGCUCUGCUCUGCCUCUACACCCCAGCUCCACCUCCCUAGCCUGGGAACAAAUGACCCGGCUGACUCCAACUUCGACUGUCCACAGAACCAGACUCAGGACCCAUCCAGGAGCACCCUGAGGUCAGACCGGUUCAGACCCGAUUGUGGCGUCGGAUUCCGGGUCGUUGAGGAACCGGCCCCUGCUGGGAAAGCCCGUCGAUGGCGGUGGACCCCGGAACACAAACUCCAACCGGACCACGACGCCGACCAGCCUUUAGAGAGGUCAAAGGUCGUGGAGUCCCGACUCCCCUCUUCCUCCUCCUCCUCCGUCCGUUCCUCCUCUUCCAGGACGGAGGAGAGCGACAUCCUGACGUUCGCCGACCGGCGGAACUUCUUCGAGGAGACGAGUAGGAGCAUGUCUGUGACCAACCUCUCAGGCCUGACGAGUCGAAGGCAGAGACCGGAUCGGCACGGGAGACACCAGCAGCCUUCCACCCUGGAGAACCGGGGAGCGGGCCACUGCCAGGGACAAGCCCAGAGGAGGUACUCCUACCAGGGGGGAAUCCUGCAGGAAAGUCCCCUGCUUCCGAACACGAUGGAGGCCCGGAGGCUGUCUGUCAGUAGCGAGAAGGAGAGGGAGAAGGAGAGGGAAAGAGAAAGGAUGCGAGAGUGGGAGAGGGAGGAGAGGGCGAGGGAAAGAGAGAGGGAAAGGGAGGAAAGGAUGAAGGAGAGGGAGAGAGAAAGAGAGGAGAGGGAACAGGAGAGGGUCAUGGAGUUGGAGAGGGCCAGACUUAGGGAGAUUGAGCGGGAGAGAGAAAGGGAGGAGAGGGUGAGAGAGUGGGAGAGGCAAAGAGAGAGGGAGGUGGAAAGAGAGAGAGAACGAGAGAGAGAACUUGAGUUGGAGAGAGAAAGAGAGAGAGAACUUGAGUUGGAGAGAGAAAGAGAGAGAGAACUUGAGUUGGAGAGAGAAAGAGAGAGAGAACUUCAGUUGGAGAGAGAAAGAGAGAGAGAACUUCAGUUGGAGAAGGAAAGAGAGAGAGAACUCGAGUUGGAGAGAGAAAGAGAGAGAGAACUGGAGAGGGCCAGAGAGAGAGAGCUGGAACUGGAGAGAGAAAGAAAGAAGGAGAGGGAGAGAGAAAGAGAAAGGGAGAGAGAAAUAGAAGAGAGACGGUCUCUAAGUCCGGCUCAGGACUUCCGAUCAGGUCUUCAAGAGUACCAGCAGAAUGAAUACUCCUACUCAGUCCAGACCCACGUCUACACCCAGGCCUUCCCCCCAACCCAAGCCCAGAACCAAGCUUCUCGUUCAGCCUUCCAUCCAGUCAACAACCCCCUCUCCCAGGACAACCAGGGAUACACUCCGAGAAGCUACACUCCCACAGAGACUCACACUGGACGGUCUUGUGACCAGACUCAGCUUUACAGGAAGUUCAGUCUGACGGAGAGAGAGUUCCCCAGGCGCAGUACUGACUCCAGACCACCAGAGGGCGCUGAUCUCUCCCUCUGCCGUGAGGAGCAGCACCACGGCCGCCGGGGAGCCCGGCUGUCGGCCCGCAGCACGGACGCCGAGCGCUCCCCGCCUCCUCCUCCUCACCCCUCCUCCCCCCUCUCUCCCCCCUCCCCUUCUCCGCUGCGGGGGAGGGCCAUGUCCGAGAACGACCUCCGCUUCGACGGGCGCCGUCCGCACGCCCGCUUUCUCCCCGUCGCCGCGGGAACCGCCCCGGCGCUGAGCGAGGCAGAAGAGGCGGGACACGGAGGGGGAGGGGGAGGAAGCGUUGGCGGGGCAACCAGGAAGAAGACCCCCCCUCCUCCGAGGCCUCCCCCCCCCAAGUGGGAGCAGUUCCACCGCAGGAGGGCGUCGCACCACAACCUCUUCGCCUCCUCACCUCUCUUACACCCCUCCUCCUCCCUCCUCGCCCCCCAGGGCCCGGGGUCUCCCCCCUCCCCCUCCCCCGCUCUCCCCCAGGAAGCUCCUCGUCUGCGUUCUCACAGCCUCCCCCCCCAGAGGGAGGAGCUUCAAGUUUACCAGCAGGCGGAGGAACGCCCCCUUUCGCAAGCCCCGCCCAGCCCGGGGUUCACCCGCAGGGCGUUCAGGCCCGUAGCUCCGCCCCACAGGGAGGAGGACACGCCCCCUCCUCGGGGUUGCCACGCGGACCAGGGAGGGGAAGUGGAUACGCUCCCUCCCAGACCAACGUCGGACAACUGUACCAGGUUGAGUGGAGCAGACUCAGGUCCCACUGUGCUAAAGCCAGGCAGCCAGAGACAGCAGAGACCAGCAGCCGAGUGGACCAGGAUUACAUCUCCGAGAGGGCCGAGCGGCGCCCUGGAGAACGGGGGCGUGGCCCCGGUAGAGCCCUACCUCUCCAUGAGCUAUGAGCAGCAGCAGCUGAUGAUGAUGAACCAGAACCACGGAAGGUUCCACAACCACCACCAUCACAACAGGGUUCUGGAACCCCAACAAACUCUGGAACCGCGACCGGAACUCAGCCCCAGCCCCGCCCACAGCCUGGAGGCAGAGCUGGACAUCCCCAUGGAAACGGACAUCGACGACUUCCCGGAGGAGGGACUUCCUGAGGACGAGGAGCCAAUCAGAAACGAGCUCCAGUGUUUCGCCUUGCCAGUGAUGGUCCUGGAGACGGACAUGGACUCCAUGCCCGAGCAAGAGGCCUCGUCGACGGGCAGGCUGAGAGCAGAGAGAGGCUCUCUGGAGGUGGAGCUGGAGGUGGGGACCAGAGAGGGGCUCUUUGACGAGCUCUUCCCCCACGAAGGUGAGGGCGAGGCGGGCACCGAGAGCUGGAGAGGAGGCUACCCCCGCAGCCCGAUGGAGAACUCCUCCGACAGCUUGGACAGGCGUUCUGGGGCCAGCUCCAGUUGCUCCUCCUACUACAGCCCCUCCACAGCCAAGCUCCUGACUGACUGCUGCUCUGACCAGGACCAGGACCAGGAGCUGGCCUACAAGAGGCAGCUGAUGGAGAGCCUGCGUAAGAAGCUGGGGGUUCUGAGAGAGGCCCAGAGAGGCCUGCUAGAGGACAUCAGAGCCAACACACAGCUAGGAGAGGAGGUGGAGAGCCUGCUGGUGUCCGUGUGCAAGCCCAGCGAGGUGGACAAGUUCCGGAUGUUCAUCGGGGACCUGGACAAGGUGGUCAGCCUGCUCCUGUCUCUCUCCGGGAGGCUUCUGAGGGCGGAGAGCUCCCUGCACGCUCUGGAGCCCCACACAGCUCACAGCGAGAGGCUCCCCCUGCUGGAGAAGAAGCAGCACCUCCUGGAGCAGCUUGCGGAGGCGCAGGGUCUGAAGGAGCACGUGGACCGCAGGGAGCAGGCAGUGGCCCGGGGUCUGGCCCUGCGCCUGGCCCCCGAGCAGCACCGCGACUACAGCCACUUUGUCAAGAUGAAGGGGGCCCUGCUGGUGGAGCAGAGGCAGCUGGAGGACAAGAUCAGGCUGGGAGAGGAGCAGCUUCGGGGGCUGAGGGAGAGCCUGGGCCUGGGGCUGGGCCUGGGGCUGGGCCUGGGGCUGGGGUAUGGACACUAUUAGAUAACUGGGACUCUAUGUUCUUCAUAGAGAAGGCAGUGUAGGGAUAGGGCUGGGGCUGGGAUGGAGGCUGGGGCUGGGAUGGAGGCUGGGGCUGAGGCUGAGGCUGUAUGACACUAUCCGAUAGCUGGGCCUGCAAUUCCAUCACUGUGUCCACUCCUUACAGAGGUCUUACUGUAAGUGUCUUUCUCUCUGUAGGUGCUAACCUAGCAACAGCACGCUAUGCACAACCAAAGGCUGUUUGCUUUCAUGUUUCAUAUGCGUGUCUUGGUUGACGCUGUAACUACACGAUUUCCAUUUUGAUAUCGAUAUAUUCACAACUGAGAGAACUGGAACACACACAUCGCAAUGGUAUUGGGACCCUCAGCGAUGCACACACUCAUGCACACACUCACACACACACACACACUCACACACUCACAAACACUCCAUCUUGACAUGAGACAGCUGACACUAGUUUUUGUUUUAAAUGUUGUUGCCUGCCACCAAAGACUUGAAGCCUGAAGCCUGAGGAUUCGAUUGUUUUUGUCCGUUUGGACAUGACUCCUCACACACCCUUGACCAAAGAACUCCAUUCAAGAGAUUCAGGUUGACUGACAAGAUUCAGAAAGAAAAGUUUGUAUAUUUUUGAUUUUGUGUAAAAAGUUUUUUGCCAAAGGCUGUGAAUGGAUUAUGAGCGGUUUCUCAAAACACUAGUCUGCAAAACAUACCACACACUACUCACCACCCACACACACUACAGAUACACACACACACACACUACAGAAGGCACACUCAAGAAAUUAUGGUCUAUUCAGGGGCUGAGAAAAGAGGAAGUUGACCUAUGCUGCUUCAUUGACGUAUUGAUUAUCGAUCGAUUACUCGUGGAUCGAUUACUUUCCUCCCUGAGGGUUGUAGGAGUGUCAUGUUUUGAUGAUGUCAGCACUGGAGCAUGUUUUGAUUGGCUUUUCCAAAGCACAUUAAUCAAAACACAUCCUUGUAAACUUCUUCUUUUUGUUUAUAUACUUGUAUAUCUUUGCUAUAUAGCUAUAUCUAUAUAAAUAGCUAUGUGUUUGUAUUAUAUUGUGUCUAUAGCCUCUUCUCCUAUUUCUACCCUUCUGACCUGGACGCGUUACUAAGCGACCAGUAUGAAUCAUUGUCUGUUUGCUACUCGUUCCAGUUUUUUUGUAUAAAGAAAAUGUUCAUGUGAAAUAAGUACCAUCAAUAAUAAUACUGUUUUAAUCUAAACUCA